AUGAAGGGUCUUGUGUUGAUUGCCUUGAGCGGCCUGAUCUUGGCCAGUGUCCAGGCCAGGAUUCUGCCGCAGGAGGAGGAUCCUCUCCUCUGGGAGUUGCCCGAAGUGCCAGAAGAGGUUAAUGUGAUUGAGCCCAGAGCUGCUGGCUGCUCGAUCAAGAUCCGUAGCUCUGAGCUGAAGGAUCCCCAGCCCCUGCUGAUCAAGACAGGAACUUCCGAGAUCGUUGGCUUCUCCGACACCGGCUAUGUCGAUGUGGACAAGGACAAGGACAUUGAAUUCCACUGCACCAGCAGCCUGGCCUCGCCCCUGUCCGGCAAAUCGGUGACUGCCAAGUGUGUGGGCGGCACCACCUUCAAGAUUGAUAACAAGGAGCACGAUCUGUCCGCCAUUAAGUGCACAUCCUGGCCAGCAUUUGUGGGCAAGAAGUCCGGUUCCAGCUGCAACGGUGGCACCACUCUGAUCAACGUGGGCUUCGAGCUCUCCGGCUCCCGCUUUGCCAAGCAGUACGAUGUGUGCUUCAACGAGGACGAGGAGGUGACCCGCUACGUGUACCAUCGUUUGGUGCCUGGUAACAACUACUAUGCCACCGGAGUGGACAGGAUUACGUUCGGCGCCGGCGGCUACUUUGCGGGCAAGAACGUGGACAAGCUGUACACGCAGGCCGUCCAGAAGGAGACAAUCGACAAGGAGCUGGACAUGGACUCUGCUCGCUAUUUUGACUCGGCGAAGAACGUCUUCCUGGCCCGCGGUCAUAUGGGUGCCAAGGCUGACUUUGUGUUUGCCCCGGAGCAGAGGGCCACUUUCCUGUUCAUCAACGCCGCUCCCCAGUGGCAGACCUUCAAUGCUGGAAACUGGGCUCGCGUUGAGGAUGGUGUCCGUGCCUGGGUGGCCAAGGAGAAGAAGUCUGUGGAGUGCUGGACGGGAGUCUGGGGCGUGACAACGCUGCCCAACAAGAAUGGAGAACAGAGGGCGUUGUAUCUGUCUCAUGACAACAACGGCAAUGGCCUGAUCCCUGUGCCCAAGCUCUACUUCCGUGUGGUCAUCGAGCCAUCGACCAAGAAGGGCAUCGUUUUGAUUGGCGUAAACAACCCGCAUCUGAGUCUGGAGGAGAUCAAGCGCGACUACAUCCUCUGCACGGAUGUCAGCGACAAGAUCAACUGGAUUAGCUGGAAGAAGACCGACAUAACCGCCGGCUACUCGUACGCUUGCGAGGUGCCCGAGUUCCGAAAGAAGGUCGAUCAUCUGCCCCAGUUUUCGGUCAGUGGGCUACUGGUUUGAGUAUCUUUUCAGAAUAAAAAUAAAUACAUACCUGAAAUUAAA